CACGUUAGUCUCCAUAGGCGGGUCCUCGCACCUCCCCGCCACACCCACCCUGGCCGCCCGGUGGGGCUCGCGACUGCCCUUCGCCAGCGCGGCCCGGCCCGCCCGCCGCCCGCCGCCGCCAUGGCUGCGCAGCUGCUGGAGGACAAGCUGACCUGCGCCAUCUGCCUGGGGCUCUACCAGGACCCAGUGACGCUGCCCUGCGGCCACAACUUUUGCGGGGCCUGCAUCCGGGACUGGUGGGGCCGCCGCGACAAAGCAUGCCCAGAGUGCCGGGAGCCCUUCCCCGACUGCGCCCAGCUGCGCCGCAAUGUGGCGCUCAGCAGCGUGCUCGAGGUGCUGCGCCCCGGGCCCGCCCCCGACCCCGGUCCCGCCUCGGACUCUGGACCCGGCCCCGGACCCCGACCAGCCCCGGACCCUGGUGCGCGCUGCCCCCGGCACGGGCGGCCGCUCGAGCUCUUCUGCCGCACCGAGGGCCGCUGCGUGUGCAGUGCGUGCACCGUGCGGGAGUGUCGCCUCCACGAGCGAGUGCUGCUGGACGCCGAGCGCCGGGAGCGCGAGGCCCAGUUGAGAGCCAUGCUGGAGGUCACCCAGCAGCAGGCCACCCAGGCUGAGAGCCAGCUACAGGAGCUGCAGCAGCGAAGCAGCCAGAUCGAGAGAUCGGCCUGCACACUAGCCUCUGUGGUCUCUGGCAAGUUCAGCUGCCUGCUGCAAGCCCUGGAGAUGCGGCGGGCUGUAGCACUGAGGGACAUCGAGGUGGCCAAGACACAGGCGCUGGCACAGGCCCUGGACGGAGAGCAGCAACUGCAGGGCCACCUGGAGGCCCUGGCUCGCUAUGACUGCAGGAUCCGGGACCUCCUGGAGCAGUUGGAUGACAGGACCUUCUUCCAGGAAUCACAGCUCCUGGCGCCCCUGGGGCCUCUUGGGCCACUGACUCCUCCACAGUGGGAUGAAGAUCAGCAGCUGGGGGGCCUGAAGGAGUUGCUGAGCCAGCUGAGUGGCCUCCUCCUGGACGACGGGGGCCACCUCGGGGCACCAGUUGAGGCUACUGACUUGGGCCACGUGGAGGCCCCAGGCCCCCUGGCAGCAGUCCCGAGCCCGGUUUGUCCACUGAGGAGGAAACUCUGGCAGAAUUAUCGCAAUCUGACCUUCGAUCCCCACAGCGCCAACUGCUACCUCUACCUGUCUCAGCAGGACCAGCAGGUGAAGCACCGUCGCAAGGCCCGGGGCCCGGCUGGGCCAGGCAGCUUCGAGCUCUGGCAGGUGCAGUGUGCCCAGAGCUUCCAGGCUGGACGGCACUACUGGGAGGUGCGCACAUCUAACCACUCAGUGACACUGGGCAUCGCCUACCCAGAACUGAUGCGGCGCAAGCUGGGGCGCCACACAGACAACAUUGGCCGUGGGCCCAGCUCCUGGGGGCUUUGCAUUCAGGAGGAUGGCGCCCAGGCCUGGCAUAACGGGGAGGCCCAGCGCCUCCCAGGAGUGUCGGGAAAGCUCCUGGGAAUGGAUUUGGACCUGGCCUCUGGCUGCCUCACCUUCUACAGCCUGGAGCCUAAAGCCCAGCCCCUGCACACCUUCCAUGCCGUCUUCACCCAACCCCUCUACCCAGUCUUCUGGCUCUUGGAGGGUAGGACCCUAACCUUGUGUCAUCGGCCUGAAGCCAAGCUCCCUCCAGGGCUCCAGGAAGAGGCCUCGGGGCUCAGCUGAAGAAGGCACAGGAUGGAGCUCUGGGCCCGAAACAGGUGCCACUGUGCCUG